UUGCGUGCUGUGCCAUUGCCAGCUUUCGGAGUCGCCCUCGUCUUGCAACUCUACUCCCGCCUGCUCGAUUUUUGGAAGACUUAUUCCAAAAGCUUUCUCUAUUCGGUGCAACAUGAGGAAGAAGGUUGAUGAUCGCAUAAGGACUUUGAUUGAAAAUGGAGUAAAAGCUAGGCAUCGUUCUAUGUUUGUCAUUGUUGGCGACAAGUCUCGUGAUCAGAUAGUGAAUCUCCACUACAUGUUGAGUAAGGCAGUCACCAAAACCAGACCAACUGUUUUGUGGUGUUACAAGGAAAAACUAGAACUUAGCAGCCACAAGAGGAAACGUGCAAAGCAGAUUAAGAAGCUAAUGCAAAGAGGACUUCUGGAUCCUGAAAAGGCCGAUCCAUUUUCUUUGUUCGUUGAAAGUGGAGCAGUUUCUUAUUGCUUAUACAAGGAUUCAGAAAGAAUACUUGGGAAUACAUAUGGCAUGUGUAUUUUACAGGAUUUUGAAGCUUUGACACCAAACAUUCUUGCAAGAACUGUUGAAACUGUGGAAGGUGGUGGUUUGGUGGUUUUGCUUCUUCAUACGCUCACUUCGCUUACCAGUCUCUGCACAAUGGUCAUGGAUGUUCAUGAAAGGUUUAGAACAGAGUCACAUUCUGAAAUAGUUUCUCGGUUCAAUGAACGAUUUCUUCUGUCUCUUGCAUCAUGCAAAGCAUGCUUGGUCAUGGACGAUGAGCUUAACGUUUUGCCAAUUUCAUCACAUGUGAAGUCCAUCAUCAGGCCAUCUGCACCUGAGGAUUAUGAUUCCAUGGGUAAAGAAGAAGAAUUAAGAAAUUUGAAGGAACAACUUCAUGAUGUUUUACCUGCUGGGCCUUUACUUCGGAUAUGUACAACAUUGGAUCAGGGAAAAUCUGUUUCAACCUUCCUUGAUGCCAUUUUGGAUAAAGCAUUUCAAAGCACUAUUGCACUGACAUCUUCUCGUGGACGGGGUAAAUCUGCAUCUUUGGGUUUGGCAAUUGCAGGAGCUAUAGCUGCAGGGUACUCACGUAUUUUUGUCACUGCUCCUUCCCCUGAAAACUUGAAAUCAGUUUUUGAUUUCAUUUGUAGGGGACUACGUGCCUUGAAUUACGAGGAACAUUUGCAUUACGAUCUGGUCAGAAGCACAAAUCCUGAGCUCCGAAAGACAGUUACACAAAUAAAUGUUUUCAAAGAACAUAAACAAAUAGUUCAGUAUAUCCAGCCUCAUGAAAAUGUAAAACUCUGCCAAGCCGAACUUCUAGUUAUUGAUGAAGCAGCAGCUGUUCCGUUGCCUGUUGUCAAGUCAUUGCUUGGGCAAUAUCUGGUUUUUAUAUCUUCUACAGUGAAUGGAUAUGAAGGCACAGGUCGCUCUUUGUCAUUGAAACUUUUCAGUCUUUUAGAAAAGCAAAGUCAGAUUCCUGCUUGCAGUGCUAGUUCCAGUUCAUUUGGUAACCUUUUCCAGAAGAUAGAAUUAAGGGAGCCCAUCCGAUAUGCUUCGGGAGAUCCCAUAGAGUCUUGGCUUAACAAUUUACUUUGCUUGGAUGCUGUGAAUUGCAUACCACCGAUUACGAGGUUACCGCAUCCUACAGAAUGCAAUUUGUAUUAUGUAAAUCGAGACACUUUGUUCUCCUUCCACAAAGAAAGUGAAAUAUUUCUGCAGCAAAUGGUGGCUCUUUAUGUUUCUUCGCACUAUAGAAACUCUCCUAAUGAUCUGCAAUUAAUGGCUGAUGCUCCAGCUCAUCAUCUAUUUGUGCUUCUUGGACCUGCUAAUGAGGCAAAAAACAUUCUGCCAGAUAUUUUGUGUGUUAUCCAAGUGUGCCUUGAAGGAGAGAUUUCACGCAAAUCUGCACUACAGAGCUUGCAAAUGGGACACCUUCCCUCAGGUGAUCAAAUUCCAUGGAAGUUCUGUGAAGAGUUUGAGAAUACAGAUUUUCCAAACCUAUCAGGUGUUCGCAUUGUCAGAAUAGCAGUUCACCCCAGCGCUCUAGGGCAUGGAUAUGGUUCAGCUGCCGUGGAUCUUCUAACAAGGUAUUACGAGGGAAAGUUGACUUCUACUGGGGAGAUAAUUGUUGAGGAGAAUGUGGUGAGGUUUCAUGACAGCGUCAUUCAAGCUGCAAAGGAGGUCUCCUUGUCAGAAGAAACCAUUGCUCCUAGGAAAAACCUUCCACCUUUGCUGACACAUCCUCGUGAAAGACAGCCUGAGAAAAUUAAUUACGUUGGUGUUUCUUUUGGGCUUAACAAGGAUCUUUUUCGAUUCUGGAAGAAACAUAAAUUUACACCUUUUUACAUAUGUGAUAAACCAAAUGACAUAACUGGUGAGCAUAGUUGCAUGGUAUUGAAGCCACUGGAGACUGAUGACAUUGAACAUGAUGGUUUGGGUCCCCUAAACUUUCUUACUCCCUUCUAUCAGUGUUUCAAGAGAAAGUUUGUGAAACGCUUUCCUUUGUGCUUCAAGGAGUUAGAUUAUAAGCUUGCCAUGAGCAUCUUGGAUCCAAAGAUCAACUUCUCAGAAAAUGAGGCUUCAUCAUGUUCAGAAAAGGAAUCCUCUGUUUUGGUAAAAUUGAUUUGCUCUCCGGAUGAAUUAAAAUUGCUGGAGUGUUAUGCUAAUAACCGUAAGGAUUUUGGGAAGGUCAAGCACCUCGUACCACUCUUCGCUUAUUACUACUUUGAAGAGAAGAUCCCAAUUACACUGUCAUAUCUCCAAGCAUCUCUGUUGUUAUGCAUGGGCUUGCAGCUUCAUGAUGUAACUUACAUUGAGGGAAAAUUGAAGCUAGAAAGGCAGCAAAUCCUGCAUCUCUUCCGCAAGGUUAUGGUGAAAUUUUACAACUACUUAUAUGGUGUUUUAACCAAGGAAUUGGAUGCAAGUUUCUCUCAAGAAAGGAAGGUUUCGUUGGAGCCUCACAGUGUGUCAGUUGAUGAAGAUCUAAAUGAUGGUGCAAGGCUUGUGACGGAGAAGACAAGAACGGAUUUGGAUCAGCUGAAUCCGGAUUUACUGCAGUAAUAUUCCAUUAACAAUAGAGACACUGAAUUUACACAAGCUCUUCAAAAAUGUAGUAAAAUAUCUGCUAUUGGUCUUCUUAGUGUGAAGUCCAACAGAGACGCAUCAGAGAAACGUAAAAGGGCUGAAAGAAUUAUUAGAAGUCAAAAGAGAAAGAAUGCAAGUCUUUAAGCUAUUAUAGAUUUUUUUUUUUUUUAAAGAUUAUUGGGAGAUUAAACAGGAUAUAUUUAUAAAUGCUUAUGAUACGAUUAAUGCCCAUAUGAAAACUUAACACUUAGUUCGAAUUCUCUUAUUUGUAUGUGAGGAAAAUAACUAUUUUUCCUUAUUUUAAAAAUUACAAAUUAAAAUUUUUA